UUGAACAAGACUGGACUUGAUAAAGGAGGAGGAAGGAUAGCAGGAAGUAGGAGCUGGGGGCUCUAAGCUGGUGUUGGUGCCAGGCCUCCAGGAAUCAUGAUUACAGAGCGACUGCAGAAACAUCUGGAAGAGCUGAAAUGCACAUCCUUCAACGUCAGCCUGCCUUUGUAUGACCACACAGACGUGGCUCACUUUGGCAGCCCCUUCCAGCUUGCGUCUGAGAGGGCUUCCUGGUGGGACCUAAUCUCCUGUCCCAGGAUACACCUUCAGGACAACACAGGUUUCAGUUGCCACCACUCCGGCUUGAGUCUGUCUCCUUGCAGCCAAGACUGCUGCCCUAAGACCAGCCUUCCAUCCCAAACACUAGCCACGGACCUGCUCACCUUGGGGAAGGCUUCUGUGGUCCCCACCAAAAGGCACUGCUGCUCACCCUCAGUGCCUGAGAAUUUCUUCCACUGGCAUCCCCUCUGUAGGCCCCUUGGCUCCAAAGUGUGGACUCCUAUCAAGCAUCGGGGCAGCAGUGGAGAAGGUGCUUUGGAAGAGCAGCCCCCUAUCCCAGACCAUGGAGCCUGCAGUCUCAGGUUUUACCAAGCUCCAGGUGCAUCUCUUCAGUGUGUCCAAGGUGGUGGUGGUGGUGGCAGUAGCCCCCCUUUUUUCAGUCUGGCCCUGUCCCGGGAAUCUCUAGUCAGCAUGUUGUGGGAGAGUGAGAAGAUCUUGCAGCCCUUCCCCUUGCAACGUCGCUUCUCCUUAUCACCUGUCCGGUUCCUGCCCUCCCCACAGAGCUCUGCUUCCUCCACACCAGAACUGCUCAGGCACCAGCACGGCCUCCCACACAGCCAGUCACAGCCCUGUGAUCUAGACACAAAGAAGAAUGGUCUCAAGCAUUGCCAUGACGAGGAUGCAAAAUGGCACCGUCCCUCACUCAACUUCUACAAGAUGAACCAGAAGCAGUUCUCAGGAGGAGGCCUCUGUUUCUUAGACAAGGCUGAGGAAGGCAGUGUUCCAUCAUGGUUCUUGGCUUGCAACCCACAAGCCCCUUCAGCCCCAUGCAGUCCCAUCAGCAGCUAUGGCCAAGUGCUGAGUGAGGAAGAGGAAGAUGAGGCAAGGAAUCGAAGCUGGCACCUGGGCAGCCAGAGGACCUUUUUCCAGCAAGACUUUAGUGACCUGGAUCUGAAUCUGAUUGAAGAGAACUAGGGUUGCAUAUACAUUCUGGAAACUGCAGAG